AUGCUGCUCCUCCUCCUCUCUGUGCUGCUCCUGCUCACACAGCCCCUGAGGUAUCUGGGCGCAGAAAUGAAGACCUAUUCCCAGAGAGCAGUUACCAAUGCCUGCACCCUGGUCAUGUGUAGCCCCACGGAAAAUGGCCUGCCUGGUCGCGAUGGACGGGAUGGGAGAGAGGGCCCCCGGGGCGAGAAGGGAGAUCAAGGUUUGCCAGGAGCUGUAGGGCGAUCAGGGAUGCCUGGACCAGCUGGCCCAGUUGGACCCAAAGGUGACAAUGGCUCUGCUGGAGAACCUGGACCUAAGGGAGACUCUGGACCACGUGGACCUCCAGGACUUCCAGGUAUACCUGGUCCAGCUGGAAGAGAGGGUCCCUCAGGGAAUCAAGGGAACAUAGGACCUCAAGGAAAACCAGGUCCAAAAGGAGAGACUGGGCCCAAAGGAGAAGUAGGCGCCCCAGGCAUGCAUGGCACUGCAGGGACAAGAGGCCCCAUGGGCCUUAAAGGAGAGAAAGGUGCCCCUGGUGAGCGUGGAGACCCUGGAAAUGCUGGGGCAGCAGGGCCUUCUGGAGCUGUGGGUCCACAGGGAACUCCGGGUGCCAGGGGACCCUCAGGACUCAAGGGGGACAGAGGCAUUCCCGGUGACAAAGGCUCCAAGGGAGACAGUGGACUUGCAGACAUUGCUGCUCUGAGGCAGCAAGUGGAGGCCUUACAGAGACAGGUACAGCAGCUCCAGGCUGCCUUCUCUCAGUAUAAGAAAGUUGAGCUCUUUCCCAAUGGCCGAGGUGUUGGGGAGAAGAUCUUCAAGACAGCAGGCUUUGAAACUCCUCAUGAGGCUGCACAGCAGGUUUGCAGGCAGGCUGGUGGUCAGUUGGCUUCCCCACGCUCUGCAGCUGAGAAUGCCGCCUUGCAACAGCUGGUCACAGCCCAGAACAAGGCUGCUUUCCUGAGUGUGACUGACACCAAGAUGGAGGGCAAUUUCACCUACCCCACAGGGGAGCCCCUGGUCUAUUCCAACUGGGCCCCAGGAGAACCCAACAACAACGGAGGGGCAGAGAACUGUGUGGAGAUCUUCACCAAUGGCAAGUGGAAUGACAAGUCUUGCGGAGAGCAGCGCCUUGUGGUCUGCGAGUUCUGA